CAACAUGAGUCUAUGGGCUAACAUUGGUAAUGAUGUGACUGCUGAAAACCUUGCAGAAAUUGCUGGUCAGAUGACUGGUCUCCUAAACUCUGUGCUACCCCUCAUCAUUGGGCAGCAGGGUCUCAUGCCUUUCCCGCUGCCUUCUCCUGAGAUGCUCCCUGACAUACUACCUGUGCUGAUACAGAUCCUCACUCAGCAGGCUAACCAAAGCAGCUGGGAUAAGUUGGAGGGGAUGAUUGGGGCCCUCCUGUCGACCCUCAGGGACACCCCGGUGUGGGAGUCUGUUCCCCCUGCUGUUUCUGUGAUGAGCCAAGUCAUGGGUGCCUUGGUCAACAAUAUGCAGGCUGAGACAGCAUUCAUCUCAAGUUUCCAGAAGCCACUGGCUGUCCUGAUGUCAGAGUUGGUACAAGCUGUGAAUGGCAGUGAUUUCAACAUGGCUGACGUGUCUGAGGGAAUGAUCCCUGCCAUCGAGCUCACUGUGGAAGCUGCCAUACAGGCUGCUAAUAGGAGUAAGACCUUGGAGUGCAGGCAGGUCCUGAAAGCCUGGGAGCCAGUUAGAGAGGCGGCUGGGCUGAGUGAGGCCAGCCUGGGUUUGUGGUGUAACAUCAGCCUGCUACCAGUCAUGGAGGCCGAUGCUGCGUCCAACUAUGUCUAUGCCAAUCCAAACAUGACCGACAUGGGGAUGGGGUAUGGGACAGUAUCAGUGGACACUACAGCAGCUAUGAUGGUGGCAGCUCUGCGUUCAUUCUACUGGGUCCAGGUUAACCGCACCAUAGUUACUGAGCAGCUUGGUACAAUGCUGUUCAACACAUUACACCAGCUACAGGGACUAAAUAUGACCACCGAGGACCAGGCUCACUGGAACACACAGUUUCUCCAACUACAACUGAGCCAGAGUACUCAGGAUCUUAGGAUGGCCUUGGAUCAGCUGGAUGCCCUGGCCAUGGACAACCCCUGGAUGAGACCCUACCUCCUGGCUGUAGAGAUGACCCUAAACUACACUCUGGAGAAUAGCCAUCUACUCCAGAACUCCACCUCCGCACAGCAUGUGUUCAUGGAAGCCAUGGAGAUCCUCCUGACAGGCAUGAACUUCACCGAGGACCUGGACCUGUGGAUGCGUCCCUACCUCCAAGCCAUGGAAAUGACUAUCAACUACACCAUGGUCUACAACCAGCUCCUCCAGAAUGCCACAUCUGCCCAGCACCUCCUGAUGGAAGCCCUAGAGAUGCUCCUCACCGGGUCUAAUCUCACCCAGGACUCCAUCCAGGCCAUACUCACAGAGAACAUCUUCUCCAGGCCAGACGGAGGGUCGAUCAACAAGCUGCUGAAAGAUAUGAUCAGGGAGCUGGUCCGUGUACAGUUGCUGGGAGACUGGCCUAUGGUCUACGGCGUCAUGGAGCAGUUCCUAUCUGUCAACACCACAAACCUCAUCCUGGAGAAGGCUAUUGAGUUCAGCGGCUGGUGGGGCUCCUCUACCGCCUCCGGGUUGGAUCUGGUAACCCAGGCUCUGCCCAGGAUGUACGAGGUGGUGAAGGCCUUCUUAUCCACUUUGAGACAGAUGAGUGUCCCCUUCCCUCCCAUCUCUGAGAUGUCCAUGGAGCUAGCAGAGCACGUCAUCACCAUGCUCAGACAGGUAUCUCAGACCAGUGAUCUCUUCGCCCCGCUGGACUACUACCUGAGCCAAUUACAAGACGAGAUGACCGGGUGGAGCAGGAGUCCUUUCCCCCACCACAAUGAGGGUGUGUUCAGGAGGGUCCGCCGCGAAUUGAUGAGGAGGGAGCCAAUGAAAGAGCCAAUGGAUGACUUCCUUGAUCUGUUCUACUUGGACUACACUGUCUUGUUCCAGGCCCUGGCAAUGCCACCCACCAUGCCAGACAUCAUGGAGACUGCCCAUAUGUUCUUCGGCAACCCUGACUUGUCUGUAGUGCUCAAAGGGGUCUCUAGGGACAUUGGCAUGGUACCACCAUCACUACCAUCCAUGGGGAACGUCUCCAGGUCUAUGUCCAGGGCCGGAGCCAUGACAUGGGGCCCCUCAGUCCCCCCCCCUCUGGACGACCCCAUCGACGUGGCCCUGGGCAUCCUGUCCUACCUCACCCUCCCCAGACAGUGGCAGGCAUACAGCCAGCUGUUCGUGGAGAUAGCCCAUGAAGACUGGAUCAUGGAGGACUUGGCCAAGAUACAGAAGUUGUCAGCAGGCCUGGGCAAGAUGGCGGACAUGGCCAUGGUGCUGUCCCAGCAUCCCCCACUACAGGUCGCCCAGAGGGUGGAGCAUAUGGUUAGGCAGCUGAGUGCUGAGGUGGCAAGGAUCAUCUACAGUGGCCCCAACAAUGGAUCCAACAUGACCAUUCAGUUUCUCACCGCCUUCAACGACAUCCUGGCAGAUAACCUUGAAGAGGUCUCUGAUAUUACAUCUCAGAUCAAUGCCAUCAUUCAGAACAUCCUCAGCUCUCUGUCCAGACCAGAAGCUUACAUGAGUCUGGCUCCGUACAUGAUGGCUCUAGACCAGACCAUUGCUGUGUUCACCUCUUACCUACCCACGGACAGCCUGAUGUACCUCAACACCUCUGGCCAGAUGGUGAAAGGCUUUGCACUGCUGGUUUCACAUCCACGGGACAUGAAGAACAUGAUGAAGGCUACAAGCAUGCUCUCUGCCUCACUGGAUCAUCUCCUGGCCUCCGAUAGGGAGACGACCCUUCCGGACAGGAAGCCGAUCCAGUCCAUCACUCACCCUCUCUUCCUGAACAGUGCCUUAGCCACUCAUACCCUAUUCAACCUCUCCACUGCAAGUCACAACUUCAGCAGCCCUCACGAGAAAGAGGCAAUGAUCAAUCAGACUUUCCUUGCCCUGGUGGCCUUUCUGCCUGAGGACCAGAGGAUAUACGUUCUCCCUCUGGAGUCGGUCCUUCUCGCUGCCCUCUCUGGGGUCUCCAACACGGCCCAGAUCCCUCCAUCCUUCCUGGGGAUCUCCAAGCAGGUCACCAUGUCUAUCCUUACCAUGCUCAACCUAACCAACACCCCAACAGGGUACCAGGGGGACAGUGCUGGUGCCACGGUCCAGGUCCUGUUUAGAGUGUCACAACAGGUGUCCACCAGCCUGUGGCAAGGUUUAUCAAUGCCCCAAUCAGCCGUCCACGUACCCUCCGCGUUGGCAUCCCUCAACCAGGCUGCCAUGGCUGUGGCACCCCUGAUGCCCGAUGGCAGUGAACACUACUUCAAUGUCUCCCUCCAUAUCUUGCACAUCACCGCCAUGGCUAUCAACUACACCACCACCACUGGGGACAUAGCCGGUGCUAUGGCUGUCAUCUCCAGCUCGGUUCAGAGUCUCCUGGUCUCUCUGUCUUCAUACCCCAGCCUGCAGACAGCAGGCAGUAUCAUAGGAGACCUGGAACAUGCCAUCCAGAAGAUGUUGCAGGUGUUACGGUCAGGCCGAGGCCCCCUGGCCCAGACUGCUGAUGUCACCCAGCUGCUUCUCCAUAAUGUUCAGGGUCUCCUGGGCCUGGCAAACACUAGCAUGGAGGCCAGCGUGGUUCGUCUGGUAUUGGCUGCAGCCAAGAUGAACACUGGACAUCUGCUAAUGAUGAACGAGACCAACUGGACACACAAGUUGUCAAUGGUUCUGACAGACAUAUCUAACAGGGUUCCCGAGGACCUUCCCUAUGCUCCCCUUAUUAAGAAUAUCACAAUGGGCCUGGCCACUGAAUCACAAGUGAACCUACACCUCCUACUCCAGACCAUCCAGUUAGGGUCUGAACUCUUCAGCAGCAGCUGGUCAGAUGGAAACUUCAGCAACAUACUGGUCUACCUGACCUCUAAGGUGUGUGCGCUGGAGGAUAUGGACUCCAUCCAGCAGGUGAUGCAGGCUCUGUCUCUUGGCCCAGGGUUCCUGUGUGAGACUGCCAUGCCCAUUCUCCAGGCCUUCCACAUAAUGACCCGGAGUCUGGCUCAGGACAGCUCUGACCUGUUUGAAGUUCUGUUCGAUACCUUCAUAGGAGACCCCAACACCUACAAUGUCAACAUAAACUGGACCUCUGCACUCACCCAGACGCUUGGCCUGGACAUCAGCAGCCUGAAAUCCCUCAACAUCAACAUGACCUCUCCAGGUGCGGUGAAAAUGUCGGAGCUCUUGAGGAACAAGACAGCGUUUGCUCUGGAGGUCCAUCAUUACACUGACAUCCCACCUGAGAUCCUCCACCUGCUGAUGGAGACCACCAUGCCUAACAGCAACUUCCAGAUCCUAGCGUGGCUGGCUAACAUGCACCACUGCAGGGACCCAACCAGCCUGCAGAUGAAUAGCACAGAGCAGCUCCUCUUCCAGGUCUUCUGCAACCUGCCUAUAAACCAGUGGUACAACUUUGUAGUCAUCGUGGCUCGCUACGUCCACAUGGAGAACGUGAUAUACAGGCUGAUGCUGUCCAGUGAGAUGCAGAGCAUAGUGGGGUUCAUGCUGCAGAUAGUCAAGUUCCUGACGGACAUGAUGGGCAAGCUGCUUCCUGCCAUCGCCCACCUUCAGGACUACAUGUUGUCCAUACGAGACCUCAACCUGGUCUCUGACCCAGAGUUCCGCAGUAUGGUGCAUGGUAAAACCAGAACAAUGUCCAGCAGAGCUACAUUCACCAUGUCCAGAGCCAUGUGUAACCAUGGCAUCAUGUCUCUGUUUGGCAUCUCCAAGCUGCCCAUCAUGACUGAGACAGACCCCUCCACACAGCAGGAGCACAAGAUCGAGGAGCUGGUCAACAAGUUCAAGAUCCCUCGCAAUGCCACUCCUUUCUGUAUGAACUUCUACCUGGACAUGGUGAACACCACUGGGGGAGCCAUAGCCUGGGCCUUCCUCAAGCCCAUGCUGCUGGGACAGGUCCUGUACAGCCCAGACACACCACUCACUAGGGCCAUCAUAGAAAAGUCCAAUGCCACGUUGCAGCAGUUUGCCAACCUGAAGAUGUACUCCCAGGAUUGGCUCCAGUCCUCUUCCUACAUUAUGGACUCAGCCAAGAUACUGAAUCAAACCCUGCCAAUGCUCCAGAAUUCCCUUGGCAAUUCCUUUGUUCAGAAUUUCAUUGAGAUGCAGACAGACAUUGAUGUGAGCAAGAUGAAGGAUACUCUCAAGAACUUCUCUAGCACAGCGACCCUCCUGGAGAAAAACCAGGACAUUGUGACCCAGAUCACCACUCUGUCCAACCUGAUGAUGAACCUGUCCUCCUGUAUUAACUUUGACCGCUUCCACGGCAUCAACUCUACUAACGACCUCAACACCGUGGCUGAACACCUCACCCAGACCAGAGACCUCUACGCCAGUAUCAUCUUCAAGCUGCCCAAGGAUGAUGACGACUCACACAGGAAGCGGCGAGACGCCUCACGCUCCUCCUCCUCUGCGCUGCCUCCCAAGGUGGACUACACCAUCCGCAUGUCCAUCGAGAACUCCAUGCGGACCGACCGCUCCCGCAACCCUUUCUGGGUGAAGGACCCCUACAUCUCCUCAUUGAAGACCCAGCGCUACAACCGAGGCUUUGUGUACCUGCAGGAGAGCAUCGACAGGGCCAUCAUAGAGACCCAGACAGGACAGCAGGUCACUGAGCCAGCUGUCCAGUUACAGGCCUUCCCUUACCCCUGCUUCCUCAAGGACGAGUACCUGAACAGCAUUGCAUUUGCAUUCCCUCUGGUCUUGAUGAUUGCCUGGGUUCUGUUCAUCGCCAACUUUGUGAAGAAGCUGGUUCAUGAGAGAGAGCUCAGACUUCAUGAGUACAUGAAGAUGAUGGGGGUCAAUCCCAUCAGUCACUUCUUCGCCUGGUUCAUAGAGAGUGCAUGCUUCCUUAUUAUCACCAUAAUCACCCUCACCAUCAUCCUGAAGGCUGGGCGCGUCCUGCCCCACAGUGAUGGCUUCCUGCUCUUCCUCUACCUCAGUGACUACGGACUCAGCAUCCUGGCCAUCAGUUUCCUGGUGAGCUCAUUCUUUGACAAGACAAACAUCGCUGGGUUGAGCGGCGCCCUCAUCUACGUCAUCAGCUUCUUCCCAUUCAUCAUAGUGAUGUCACUGGAGAGUUCGCUAUCGUUCUCCACCAAGAGCGCCCUGAGUUUGUUUGCCCCCACCGGUUUCAGCUAUGCCAGUCAAUACAUCACUCGCUAUGAGAGCCAGGGAGAAGGGAUCCAGUGGAGCAACCAAUAUAUCUCACCCAUGGCCGGUGACACGUCAUCCUUCGGCUGGCUAUGUUGGCUUCUCCUCAUCGACUCAGUUUGCUACUUCAUCAUUGGAGCCUACAUUCGCAUAGUCUUCCCAGGAAAGUAUGGCAUUGCAAAACCCUGGUACUUCCCUGUGAUGCCCUCAUUCUGGACUGGUCUCUUCUGCUGCUGCAGCAAGGGCCCUGAGAAUGUCAACAGGGGACUGCUCUUCUCCAACAUCAUGAAGAAUAACCUCUCUGCCUUUCCCAAUGAGAAGGACAGCAAAGUUGAGGGUGGCUUCCCCUCUCAUAUGCAAGAGGAGAUCUCAGGUCUUCCUGUGGGCGUGGCUCUCCAUGGACUGACUAAGACCUAUGGGGACAGAGCAGCCAUAGAGAACCUCAAUGUCAAAUUCUACGAGGGACAAGUCACUGCACUGCUGGGACACAACGGAGCUGGCAAGACCACAACCAUGUCUCUGCUCACCGGUUUGUUCGCCCCCUCCUCUGGUACCAUUGAGGUGUAUGGGAAGGACAUGGAGACUAACAUUGAUGACGUUCGCCAGGAGCUGGGUGUGUGCAUGCAGUAUGAUGUCCACUUUGACCAUCUGACCACCAAGGAGCACCUGCUACUAUACGGACAGAUCAAGGCACCACACUGGUCACAGAAUGACCUGAAGGCGCAAGUCCGCAAAAUCCUGGAGGAGACUGGCAUGUAUGCCCACCGACACAAGAGAGUGGGGACACUGUCUGGAGGAAUGAAGAGGAAACUGUCCAUCUCCAUCGCCUUUAUCGGGGGCUCUCGUCUGGUGGUCCUAGACGAGCCCACCACCGGGGUCGACCCCUGCUCCCGACGCGCCAUCUGGGACGUUGUCAUCAAGCACAAGAAGGACCGUACCAUCAUCCUGUCUACCCAUCACCUGGACGAGGCAGAGGUGUUGAGCGACCGUAUAGCCUUCCUGGAGAGAGGAGGCCUCAAGUGCUGCGGGUCCCCCUUCUACCUCAAAGAUAAGCUGGCCCAGGGAUACAACCUCACACUCACCAAGAAGGUCCAGGCCCCAGACUCCCAGGCCAGGUUUGACGGUGUCGAGGUCAAGACGUUCAUCCAGUCCUACAUGCCAGAUGCUCGUCUGAAGGAAGCUGAGAUGGGAGACCUGGUCUACUCCCUUCCCCCGUUCAGCUCCUCCAAUGCUGAGGCCUACCGCUCCCUGCUCUCCAGCCUGGACUCUAACCUGGACCUUCUACAGCUGGGCUGCUACGGCAUCUCGGACACUACCUUGGAGGAGGUGUUCCUCCAGCUGACCCAAGAUGAUACAGAGCCUGCAGAAGAUAAGCCAUAUUCUGUGUCUGAAUCCAUGCCAGACCUGUCUGCCUCCAGAGACAGCUUACCAGAGGACCUCCAGAACAACUCCAUCUUCGGAGACAAAGCCAGUCUGACGGGCUCGUCUACGGUGCACGGCCUGGCCCUGACCUGGCAGCAGGUGACUGCUAUGUUGAUGAAGAGGGUUCACCACUCCAGACGGGACUGGAAGGGUCUCUCCUCCCAGGUGGUUCUACCUGUCGUGUUCAUCAUCCUGGCCAUGGGUCUGGGUUCCAUCAAGAGCGACCUGCAACACUUCCCAGAGAUGGAGCUGUCACCUGCCCUCUACCACCUCGGACCACAGUACUCCUUCUUCAGCAACCAGAAUCCAAAUUCCAGCAACCUGGUCAACUCUAUGAUGUCAUUCCCUGGGAUUGAUAAUGGGUGUCUGAACAGCCCUGAUAAACCGGUUUGCACCAGAAGCACCAAGUCUGCCAGCUGGGAAACUAAAGGAAACAGUUCAGUGCCGUUUGAGUCCUGCAAUUGCAACCAAUAUCAGCAGGUGUGUCAAUAUAACCAAUACCAGCCUCCCCAUAAGAUGAACCCCUCCUCCCAGAUCGUCUAUAACCUGACUGGCAUCAAGGUUGAAAACUAUCUCCUGGCUACAGCCAACAACUACAUCAGGAACAGGUAUGGUGGCUUUGAUUUCGGGGAGCCACUCCCAACUAGUCUCCAGAUGGACCUCUUGGAGGUGCCCGCAAACCGAACCCUCUCCAAGGUCUGGUACAACCCUGAGGGUCACCAUACCAUGCCUGCAUACCUAAACAGCCUCAACAACUUCAUCCUACGUACCAACCUUCCAGCCGGCAAGGACCCACAGAAUUAUGCCAUCUCUGUGUCCAGUCAUCCCUAUCCUGGUGAAGUACAAGAAGAAGAUGCCAUAGUGCAAGGUCUGGUCCAUAUCCUGGUGGCUGUGUGUGCCCUGACUGGCUACUCCAUUAUGACUGCUAGCUUCGCGAUCUACGAGGUCCAGGAACACCACAGCGGCUCCAAGACACUGCAGCACAUCUCUGGGAUAGGAGAACCCUUCUACUGGGCUAUCAACUUCUUCUACGACAUGGCCUUAUACAUGGUCCCAGUCGCUCUCUCAAUUGCCACGAUAGCAGCCUUUCAGCUCCCAGCCUUUACUGACAGGCAGAACCUUGCUGCUGUGAGUCUGCUGCUGGUCAUGUUUGGGUUUGCCACAUUCCCGUGGAUGUACCUGCUGUCAGGGGUCUUUAAGGAUGCAGAGAUGGCCUUCAUCAGCUAUGUGUGCAUCAACCUCUUCAUCAGCACCAACACCAUCAUCUCCACCUCCGUCGUCUUCUUCCUGGGACAGCUCAAUGAGAAUAAUGAAAGGAUACACGAGGUGUACAGCAUCCUGUCCUAUGUGUUCCUGAUCUUCCCCCAGUUUAGUUUUGGGAACGGCCUGAUGGAGCUGGCCAGGGUUGAUAUGCAGGUUCAGAUCCUCAGUGUAUAUGGAGUGGAUGCCUAUAAGAACCCCUUCGCCAUGGACAUGCUGGGCUGGAUGUUCGUCUCCCUCUUCCUCCAAGGCUUCAUUGGCUUCACCCUGCGUCUGCUGCUCAACAAGUGGCUCAUACGUAAAGUCAGGAACCUGAUCUUCCCCAAGAAGGCAGUGCCUCAGACAGGUAGCCAGGACGAGGAUGAGGAUGUUGUGGCAGAGUGCCAACGUGUGACCAGCGGAGCGGCUGUUACUGACCUGCUGCAGGUCAACCAGCUGUCCAAGGUUUACCAUCACCUGGCCAAGAAGGUCCAGGCCGUCAAGAGGCUGUCUGUGGGCAUUCCUGCUGGGGAGUGCUUUGGUCUACUGGGGGUGAACGGUGCAGGGAAGACCACCACUUUUAAGAUGCUGACUGGAGACAUCAGCCCUACUGAAGGGACAGCACAGAUCAAGGACUGGGAUGGGAGGAUGGUUGACAUCAUUGACUGCCGUAACGAGGGCAUCAACAUCGGCUACUGUCCCCAAGUGGACGCUCUGGAUGACCUGCUGACAGGGGAGGAGCACAUGUACUUCUAUGCCCGCAUCCGAGGCAUCUCCAAGAGCGAGAUAGACCGGGUGGUCAAUUACCUACUGAAGAAGCUGGAGCUGGGGUACCAUAGACACACCAUCAGUGACAGUUACAGCUGUGGAACCCGUAGGAAGCUCUCCACUGCCCUGGCACUCAUAGGACACCCAAAUAUACUGCUGCUGGACGAGCCUACCUCAGGUAUGGACCCUCGCUCCAAACGUCACCUGUGGAAGAUCAUCUCAGAGGAAGUCAAGGGGAAGUGUGCUGUAGUUCUCACCUCUCACAGUAUGGAGGAGUGCGAGGCACUUUGCACCCGUCUGGCCAUCAUGGUGAAGGGUCAGUUCAGGUGUCUGGGCUCCCUGCAGCACAUCAAGAACAGGUUUGGCAGCGGCUUCACGGUGAAGAUGUACCUGGCUGUGUCUUCCUGUGACGUGGAGGUCAUCACCAAUUUCAUGCAGUGCCACUUCCCCAGCACGUACCUCAAGGACCAGCACUCUUCCAUGGUGGAGUAUCAUGUGCCUGUGGCACCUGGAGGUGUGGCGGACAUCUUUGACCAGCUGGAGUCUAACAAGGCCACUCUGCAGAUCAAGCACUUCUCUGUCAGCCAGACUACCCUGGAUGAGGUCUUCAUCAACUUUGCAAUGGGGAAGGUUGGCAUCGAGACUAUCCCAAUCCACAGCGACGAAUAUUCCGAAGCAGACAGCAUCAGCCUCGAAUCCAUCGCGGCUUCAGAGACAUAGCUUUGGCGACCAUCUUGUUCACAAUGCAUCUGUUUGAAGACACAAACUUUGAAGGAAGAAGAGCAACAUUCGCACUAGAUAGAUCCGUUUAUUAAUUUCUAAGUUUUAAUAAUAAUGUAAAAUGUAAAUCAACCUGCAAUUCAUACCUUAUGAAGGAUAACUUAUGGAGUUACUUUGUUGCCACUUUGGACUGUUAAAUUGAACAGGGUGUGUCUCUUUUUGUUUCAUCAGGUAAUGAGAUUCAUAGAGAUGUGAACAUGCUUCUAUCAUGUUUCUUCACUAUUGUGUCAAAAUCUCAAAAAUGUAAUGGCCUUCCUUCCUCACUUGUAGGUUAUAACCAAUGAACAAAAGUGCAAUUAUCUGUUUACUUGUCAUGAACAAAAUAUAUAUGAAUGGAAAUUGUGCCUUAAGAUCAAAUACAUUGUAUUGUCAUGUUAUUACCAUUGCAAAUCUGAGUACUGUGGUGGAGUCACUGCUCUUUAAAAUAGUUGUAACCUUAGAGAGACAAGCAUUCUCCACUUUUAUCACUCUGUAUUCCAUUGGUGAAACUCACAUCUUUUGUUCUUUCAAUUCUAUUGAUUUGGCCCAUUGGUUAGAAUUAUAUAUAUGUUUUAAAUGUAGCCUACUACCUAGUAUAUCUGCAGAGGUUCUCAUACUUAUGGUGACAAUAUUAUAAUCACGGCUAUUAAGGUAAAAGUCAAUACCAAACUUUUUGGCAUCCUUAACACUUCCUCUAAUGGCAUAUCUCAAUAUUUUAUUGUUCACUUUCUUCCUAAUGCACAGAUCCACAUGGAUAUGAAUGUACUGAACUUAUUUUUUUACAUUUAAUAAAGCUAUUAUAUGAUAGCACACACAGUGUUGCUUAUUAUAACAGUGUGUCAUGAAACAAUACUUUAUCCAUUACGCCCUAUCGAUUGCAUUUCACCAUGUGCAAGAAAAUGACCCUCCUAAAGAUUGUUGUUAGCUACCUUCAUCUUCAUCAUAAUUCAUUAUCUAUUCAUGCUAUGAAUAAUAAAUUAUGUCACGUACAGUGGGGAGAACAUGUAUUUGAUACACUGCCGAUUUUGCAGGUUAUUAAUUACUUAAAAAUCAUACAAUGUGAUUUUCUGGAUUUUUGUUUUAGAUUCCGUCUCUCACAGUUGAAGUGUACCUAUGAUAAAAAAUUACAGACCUCUACAUGCUUAGUAAGUAGGAAAACAUGCAAAAUCGGCAGUGUAUCAAAUACUUGUUUUCCACACUGUAAUGCUAAUAUGGCUCAAAUCCGUUAGCGAACCAACAACUGUAACAAUGUAUUUGAGAGACAAGUGCUCAUUGUGCAAAUGUAUUUGUUUUCAAUAAACAUUGGAGAGGAAAUAUG